UCAGCACCAAAUCUUGGUGACAGAGACAUGAGAAUGCGAAAGGACAUUAGACUUUUUUAGAUUAACUUUCUAUCUUACCCUCUCUUACACAAAAAUAUGCAGACAAACAAUUUUGGAAGUUUUUUAUUUUGAUGAAGCAAACCCCAAAACCCAAACCCAAAUCCAUCUCUAAACCAAUAUUCUUAAUUCUUAGCAAUCCAAAAACAGAAGACAUCGAUCUAACUAAUUACUUUUCCUUCCACCCACAGUUUUCUUCUCUGUUCAACUUCUUCAUAGAUUCUUCAUCUUCUUAAACCAUAAUCAUAACUCUUUGAUAACUUUUUUCUAAUCAAAAGUUGAUAAUCAUGUUGGAAGAAGAAAGACUAACAAGAGCAAUUGAACAAGGAAUGAAACUAUCAAAAAGAAUAUAUUAUGGUAAAGGAGAAAACAAUCCUAGCCAGAAUUACUCUGUUGUUUCACCUCCACAACAACAACCUAUAAUGGACAAGAAAUUAUCAGCACCAUCAUCAUCAUCGUUUAGUAAUUCUUAUUCUUCUUAUCUAUUACCAACAUCUCCAAUGGUUUAUGCAGUAAUAUCUGAUCCAUCGAUAGUAGAUAAUCCUGAUAUACCAAGUUUUCAACCACAUAUACAUGGAAAAUGCGUUCCUACAGCUUUGAUCCCUCUGCAUAUGAAACAAAUUUCAAUGGAAAUUGAGUGUUUUCUAGAUACUGCUUUUGUUACUGUCAUUGGGGUAUGGAGAGUUCAUUGUGUUAAGCGGAACCGGAGCUGUUUUUGUCGCUUGAUCGUGCCCAUGGCAGAACAGGGUUCAGUUCUAGGUGUUAAGGUUGAUGUUAAUGGAAGAGAAUAUACAACUCAGCUAAUCCCCGUUGAUGAAAAUAUGGAUACUGGGAAACUAGUGAAAUCCCACCGGGGAGGCUUCUUAACCCCUGAAAUGUUUGCCAUAACAAUUCCACAGGUUGAAGGAGGUUCAAAUAUUUCAGUUAAAAUCAAUUGGUCGCAGAAAUUGUCAUUUACUAGUGGGCAGUUCUCCCUCACUAUACCAUUCAAGUUUCCCGAAUUCGUUACUCCUCCUGUAAAGGGAAAUUCCAAAAUUGAAAAGAUAACGUUGAAUGUAGAGUCUGGUGCUGAAGCUGAAGUUCUAGGCUUGAAAGUUAGCCAUCCUUUGAAGAUUGUAAGAAAGCAAGUGGGGAGGUUAGAGUGUUCAUAUGAAGCAGAUGUGUCGACAUGGUCACAGAAUAAAUUCAGGUUUUCAUACGCGAUAAGUUGCACAGCAGUUUCCACAAGUGACAUAUUGGGUGGGUUGCUGUUAUAUUCUCCAUCUAAGCAAGACUUGGAUAAAAGGGAGAUGUUCUGCUUUUACCUUUAUCCCGGCCAUAACCAGAGCAAAAAGGUAUUUAGAAAGGAAGUUGUAUUUCUCAUUGAUAUUAGUGGAAGCAUGCAAGGAAGGCCCCUCGAGAGCGUCAAGGACGCGCUGUUUGCAGCCCUAAGGAAUCUCAAUCAGGAGGACUCAUUUAGUCUUAUAGCACUCAGUGGAGAAACUUUCUUAUUCUCGUCAACACUUCAAUUGGCAACCACAGAAACAGUUGAAAAAGCAACUCUGUGGAUCCAGACGAACUUCGUUGCAGCAGGCGGAACAAACAUUCUACUACCCCUGAGUCAAGCAAUGGAGAUGCUCUCUAAUAUAUUUGAUUCAGACUCGAUUUCUCACAUAUUUCUCAUUACUGAUGGAAGUGUUGAAAAUGAAAAACACAUAUGUGAACUUAUACGAAAUCAAGUGGCUGCUAAAGGAUCGAGGUUUCCCCGUAUUUCCACAUUUGGUAUAGGUAUACACUGUAACCAUUAUUUCUUGCAAAUGCUUGCACUAAUCAGCAAAGGUCAUUACGGUGCUGCAUUACAUCCAGAUCAUAUUGAAAUUCAAUUCCAAAGACUAUUUACUACAGCUUCUUCUACAGUUCUUGCAAACAUAGUCGUAGAUGAAUUGAAUCAUUUGGAUGCAAUUGAGGUUUAUCCCCGCUACAUUCCGGAUCUUUCCUCUGGAAACCCAUUAAUAGUAUCCGGCAGAUACAAAGGGGAAUUUCCCGAUUCUCUUAAAAUUAGUGGUUUCUUAUCAGAUGUGAGUAACUUCACAAUAAACCUGAAGCCACAAAGGGCAAAGGGAAUAAUCGCUCUUGAAAGAGUGGUUGCCAAGAAACAGAUUGACUUACUCACAGCUCAAGCGUGGCUUUCACAAAGUAAAGAACUCGAGGAGAAGGUUGCACAAAUAAGUAUACAAAGCAGCGUUCCAUCUGAAUACACUCGAAUGAUCUUAUGUCAGACCGAAAGAGAAAUCCAAGCAUUCGAAUCAGUUGGAUUACAAGAGGUUCACAGAGUUAACCUGGAAAAGCUUGUAGACUCUAAAGGACGCAAGAUAAUUUUGCUGAGAAGUUUGGGUUAUGGAUUUGGUAGCAUAAAAGCCACUGCAGAAAAUGUUUUCCCAAGAUUUGGAGAUCCAUUAUUCCCUGAUUCUGCAUCAGACCCUAUCACCAAGGCCGCUUCAACCUUUUGCGCCCAGUACUGUCAUUGUUGUUGCUGUAUGUGCUUAAUUCGUACUUGUUCUCAUGUAAAUAAUCAAUGUGCCGUCGUUCUUUCUCAGUUUAUUACCGCAUUAACAUGUUUUGGAUGCCUCGAAUGUUGCGUGGAUUUGUGCUGCGACUUCUAAUGGUAAAGGAAAAAUAUGUACUUCCAUUUGUUCAUGCAAACAGAUUUAAGUGACAGUUAUUAGAAAAGCCACAAAAUCAUUACGGAAGUUUGUAAAUGUUUACCUCUCUUUCUCGA